AUCGACCCUCAUUGUGUGGUUCGUGUCAUCUAAGUAGUAAUACCGACACGUGUUCCUUUAUAUGGACGCCUGAUUUAGUAACUGUGAAAGAUAAGUAAAUAAGAAUUCACAAAACUGAGACCAGUUUUACUCGACCAUAGGUUUCAAACAUGUCUAUCAAAAUUGUCGCCGUCCUCGCGUGUCUGUACGUGUCGUCUGCAACGAGCAUCAGACGACAACUGACAUCCGGGAUCUGCGACAAAAUUUGUGACGACGAAGUGCACGAGGCGGGAUUCUGCGGAACAGACGGCGUUUUCUACAGACAUCAUUGCGAGUUCGAACAAGCAGCCUGUAAGGCGCACAUUGACGGCGAUAGGCUGGCGGUGUCAAAUCUUGGUCCUUGCGUAGACGAUGCCACGCCUUGCGAUAAGGUUUUGGAGGCCCAAUGUGCAAGCCCUAACCAUCAAGGGUCUUCUCCAUUUGCGGGAGCUCCGGGAGCACACAUUCCCACUGACUUUCUCAAGGACGCAAUUUGCGCUUCCAACCAUGUGACAUAUCCAACUAUUUGCUUCUUCCGGUAUGCGCAGUGCAUGCAGAGCAUCAACUCUCCCACGGCUGACCCUAUCACCCUCGUGAGCAGCGGCCAGUGUACCAGGGAUCUCACCAAUGCUACCCUGGUCAACUGCACCCAGUACUUGCAGACCAGUGCCAAUCCCGGUCUCGCGGUGGAGGUCGACCCAAAUGUUGUUCCACGCUUCACGUGCCCCAGGCUUUAUAAGCCCGUUUGCUCGCAGGAUGAUCGAACCUUUCCCAAUGAAUGUGAACUCUGCCGUUUCGAGCUUCUCAUCCAUGCGAUCACCGUCGACAAACCCACAUUAACAGCUCUCCCCGGACCCUGCCAGAUGGAUAAUAUCUUCGGAUAAGUUGCACGAACAUAUUUAUUCGACGGGUGUACGAGUACAAGUACGGAGUAAAAUAAAUGAUAAUAACACCA